GACCCAUUUAAUCCAGUGUUCAGGCUUCUCUUUUUCUUUCCCUAUUUUUUGGUCGAAUACGUCUCCUCUCUCCUCCUCUUCGCUCUCUCUUCGUCUCUUCCUCGAGCCGAACCCUAGACACCUCCAGUUCGCGACUCACCCUUUCGUUCGACGCUUCCAGCUCUUCGAUUCGCUUCACCGACUUGGCGAUCUCGGCGUUCUUGUAGCAGAUCAGGCCCUCCGGCACCGGGACGAGGCACGCUGUCUCUGGAACGACCUCGAGGAGCUCGGUCUUGAGGCGCGACGGCGGCUUCGGCGGAGGCGGAGUCUCGGGCUUCGGCGAUUUCUGGAGGCCCAUCGCCAUCUUCUCUUUGCUGGCUACCAUAGGAUAUCGAUAGCAGUCAUGCCUAGAGUAAGGGAUCCAGUUUGGAGAUACGCGACUAUCUUGACUGAAAAUAAGUGGAAGUGUAACUUCUGCGGACAGCAGCAACGUGGAGUUACAAGACUCAAGGCUCACAUCGCUGGAGUUUCAGGUUAUGGUAUUAAAGUAUGUGAGAGAGUCGAUGUUAGUGUAAAAGCAGAAGUCAAGGACGGACUGAUGCCUAAAAAAGUGAGGGACUCGAGCGACCGAGGUGUGUCUAAGGACAGGAUACAAAGAAAUGUUAGAGCAGCUCCGACCAGUGCAUUUCAUCCACCAAAUGUGGAGGGAGGAGCCAACUUACAAUUGCACCUAGGUGUGCCUCCUUUAAGAGCAGAAAGCCAUGAAUUGACGGAACAGAUCAUGCCAGAGGAGAGGGCAGUCAACAUCGCAGACCUCCCAUUGGAUGGUGCAACCAGUUACUCUAGUACAUCUCCUCCGCCAAAUUCAUUCUUCCCUAAUUUGAGAGGUGUGACUCAUUUGAGAGCACCAGGUUCAGCUCCUUUGAGAGCACAAAGCCAUGAAUUGACGGAACAAAUCAUGUCAGAGGAGAGGGCAGUCAACAUCACAGACCUCCCAUUGGAUGAGACUCUGGACCUUGAGACAUCAUAUGCACAACAGAAUUCAAGUGCGCUAUUAUGCUGCGGACUCCUUGAUAACUCUUCUCAGAAUGAGUUAGAGGGGUCCAUUUUGCCUGGUCCCAUUGUAUUAGAUACUCAAUUCACUAACACGGCCACAACCAACACUCCCCAGCAAUCUAAUCAACCAGAUCAGAGCUUUCGCAGGCAGUGUGGACAUGGCAUUGGAUUAUCUUCUCCACGAGCUUCUGUAGACAUAGAGCCAGCUAUUCCAUCAAAAUCUUACAAUCAACCUCCUAUUUUGGAGCCAUUUAAUUGCCCUCCGCACAUUCCAGGGGACAUCAUAAAUAUAAUUGGCCCAUCAACAUUACAAGAAUUUGAUAUGGACGAGGUUGUGACAAUGACGAGUCAUCCAGGCAGAGUCAACAACUUUGAAAAUAUUGGAGCUUUGAAAAGAAAAGUAGCUCGACUCUAUAGCAGAGAACCUGAGAUAAGGAAUGAGUUAGGAUAUGAUGUGUCUCUAUCCCUGAGGAAGGCAAGAAAGGAAGUUAUGAAAUGGUUGACGGAUGUGGAGAAGCUUAGAAAUGAUUUUUGUUGUAAGGAAGCAGCAAGUGAGGAUUGUUUGCCAUCACAUCAUCAAGAGGGGGAUAUACUGAUGCAAAAAGCAGAAGAUCUUGUAAGACAUGGCAGUUUCCUGGAUGGACUAUUUCAGGCUAGAGAGACCAAAUUCAAUAAAUUUUCAGAAGUAAAGAUGGUGGGAGAGGCAUUUGAGAGAAAUACUACAAAGAUUUUGGAGUACCUAGUGGGGAAUCAAGUGUCCCGAUUAGGCAUUUAUGGAAUGGGGGGAGUCGGUAAAACGACUAUUAUGAAGCACAUACACAAUAGACUUCUCGAAGAAGCAAACUAUGGCAAUGUGUUGUGGAUCACUGUGUCACAAGAUUUCAACACACAAAGGUUGCAGGACGGCAUUUGGGAGGCACUAGGUUUAGACAUACUACAUGUAGAGGAUGUGAGCAAGCGAGCAGCAAUGUUGUCCGAUUGUUUAGCCAAAAGAGGAAAGUCUACCAUAAUCCUCGAUGAUGUGUGGGAACAUAUUGAUCUUAAAGAGGUGGGAAUCCCUAUUAGAGCAGAUGGAUUUAAGUUGGUCUUAACCACUCGAUCCUCUAAAGUAUGCCACCAGAUGCAGUGUCAAAGGAAGAUAAAAAUUGAACCUCUAUCUUUAAAAGAGGCCGAGAUUUUAUUUUUGGAGGAACUCCAAUCCGAGGAGGCCCUUAGUUUGGAAACUAAAGCAGUUGUGAAGUCCAUUGUUGAAGAAUGUGCAGGUUUGCCACUUGGAGUCAUCGCGAUGGCAAGAAGCAUGCGAGGAGUGACCAAUGUGUUUGAAUGGAAGGAUUGCUUGGAGAAAUUGAGAGAAUCGGAUAUGGGGCAAACGAAUAUGGAAAAGGUCUUAAUGAAACUAAAAUUCAGUUAUAAUCGCCUUGGUAAUCAUGAAAUUCAACAGUGUUUCUUAUCUUGUGCACUUUAUCCGGAAGAUUUGAUUGAUAAGUUUGAGUUGAUAGAAUUCUUUAUUGACCGAGGAUUGAUUGGUCAAUUGAAUACGAGGAUGAAACAAUAUAAUAGAGGCCUAACCAUUCUGCAGAAACUGGAAGAUUUUUGCCUAUUGGAAGAUCAUGGGAGCAACAUCAAGAUGCACAAUUUGAUUAGAAAGAUGGCAUUGCAUAUCAUGAGUGCGCCUUCCAUUGUAAAAGUAGGAAAGGGGAUGAUGAGGAUACCACCCGAGGAAUAUUGGACGGAGACUUUGGAGAUAGUUUCUUUGAUGGAGAAUGACAUCAGAGAAUUUCCGUUGAACAUGUCACCAGAUUGUCCUAAGCUAUCGACUUGUCUAUUGAAUCGAAGCAUAUUGGAGGAUGUCAUCCCUGAUUCUUUUUUCAAAAACUUAUGGGGGCUAAAGGUUCUGAAUAUGAGUGGAUGUAAUAUGACAGAACUUCCAAACUCCAUCUCAGACUUGGUAAACUUGAGAGCACUACUGCUUAGAGAGUGCAGGAAUAUGCGCCAUAUUCCUUAUCUAGGGAAGCUCAAAUCUUUAAGAAAGUUGGACGCUAGAGGCUGUGAGAGUCUUGUAGCGCUCGAGGGUCUGGAAGAGUUGGUGAACUUGAGAUACCUUGACCUUAUCGAAACAAGUAUUGAGAGAUUACCCAAAGGAACACUGGAGCAUUUACAAAACUUGCAAUGUCUUACAGUUUGGGCAGUAAUUGAAGAAGACAUUUCCAAAUUGAGGGCAUUGGAGACAUUUGGAUGCUACCUUGAAAAUGUGGAUGUUUUCAACAAGUGCGUGAGGGUUAUUGAGCAGAGAAAGAACCUUUGUUAUUACGACCUCAACAUGGGUCCAGAAAAGUCAAAGUUUAUUGUGGGAGUAAGUGCUGGUGCUCAAUUUGGGAAUCUGGCGAGGAGAGUCUACAUUUCAGGGCAGGGUCAUGCUAUUAUGAACGUGGGACGGGAAUGCGCCGGCAUUUUUAUUUUGAUUCCUCAUGAUGUGCAGACAUUGAAAGCGACGGAUUGCCAUGGUAUAACAAAUUUGUCUGGCAUGGAUCCGCUUAUAUACCUUGAGAAGCUAGAAAUAGAAAGAUGGGAAAACUUAGGGGUGCUUUGUGGAAGACAAGACGAAGAAGUAAUCGACAUGCAUGACUCCCCUGCUGCAGCCCCUACCCCUCUCUUCUUCCGGAGCCUUAGGGUUUUGAAAUUAUAUAGAUGUUCGAAACUGAAGUAUCUCUUUGGGCAUGGAUCUAAAUCCAGUCUUCUGCAUCUUCGAGUGAUUGAAAUACGUGAGUGUAAGGAAAUGGUGAAGAUAAUAGCAGCAGUUACAUCCUUACCACCACAUCCGUUCGUAGCCUUCCCUAGUCUGGAAGAGAUUUCGGUUGAUUGCUGUGAUAAAAUGAAGAGAGCGGUGGAAAAUGAGUGGAUGCCCCACUUCCCUAAUCUGAGCAGAAUCACAGUAUACAAUUGUGAGAACAUGGAGGAGAUAAUCGGAGGUCCUCCCCAUUACAUGCCAGACAAAGAGAUUUCUCUUGAAUUCCUUGACGUAUAUUGCUGCAAUAACAUGAGAAAGCUAUUUCCACGUGAGUGGCUGCUCCAUCUUCGAAAUCUUCGAAGUAUCAAGGUCAAUCACUGCAAAGGAAUGGUGGAGAUGAUAAGCGGAGCGGGACAAGGCCAAGAAGAAAGCAUAAUGACUCCUGUAAACAACACCCCUUCAUCCUUCCAGCCUUCUUCAAUCUCUCUCCCAAAGCUGGAGUGGUUGGAGCUAUGUGAUUUACCCCAGCUGAAGAGCAUAUGCGAAGUCCCAAUGAGCUGUGAUUCCAUGAAAAAUUUGAGUGUGUACGAAUGCCCAGAACUGAAGGGGAUUCCCUUGCAACUGCGAUUACGUGAUAUUGAGGACCUUCCGCAUAUUAGGGUGGAAGAUGAGGAAAAGUGGAAGAUGCUGAUGGGGGAUCAUCCCAAUGCCCAGGCUCUUCUUCAACGUUAUCUCCGAAAAGGGGAACAUGCUAAUAAAGAAAGUCCUGUUCCGCAGUCGAGACGGUGUUCUCCGAAUGCUAUAGGUUAUGAGUUAAUUGAUAUAUAAUUGCGUCACUUCUUAAAAGUCUCUGCAAAGAUGUAGCUUUUCUGUCCAUAGUCAUGCAGCAGUAACAUUGGCCUUUUGCAGAAUUAUAAGCCUAGGGAAAGGAUCCCCUGCAACGCCACUCUUGAAGAAAGACCUGCUGCUCGAGCAUGCUUUCCUGCAAACUCAACUCAAGUUGCCAUAUGGUUUGACUUUUUUUCGUGUGGCCAUGCUGUGCAUCUUGAACGCCGUCGCAUGUUUUAUUGACUACCGGAAAUAAGUCAUCUUGGAGGACUAGUGAAGAGACAAUGCUUUGUUGAGCAAUCCUCUCAUUAUAUUUUCCUUGUCAGAUUAGAGCCUUGCAAGCACUUGGUUUGGGUGAAGACCACUUAUGGUCCAGAAAUGUGGUGUCCCGUUUUUUUUGCCACUUAUGAGCAGAAUGUCUUUUAAAAUCUGUUUUGCUUGUCUGCCCAGAUAUGCAUUCUGAAUAUGGCAACAAGAAGAAUGAAGUGCACCAACACCUGAAUCAAGUGGCUGAACUUGUAAUGGGGUCAAGUCGGAGCUAAAGCCUUCCUUCAAUAUAAAGAGUACUAUGAAGGCUAUGAGGGAGGAAAGCAAUUCUACACAUAAGAAUACUAUGAGGGAAUUUUAGAGAGGGGAGUCCUCUUCCAUUCCUAAUUUAAUUGGUCUUCCAGCACUCGAUCCCUUCUCUAUCAACUCCAGCUUAUUGGGCCUUGAUCUUCAUCGUGCCUCUUGAAUACUCCUUAAGGCAGAGUUUACCCUUCCACUUUUUUUUAGACAGAACCGCAACAUGCUGCCUCAGUGGAUCCUUCAAUCUCAGCCUUUCCCUGGAUCGCACAGAAGGGUCAAUAGAGCAUUUCAAACUUUGCUUCAAUGGAUUUGUUGUACCAAACGAGGCACAAGAUAAGAGUGGUUCCAUUUUCAUUCCACGGAUUAGCUGCAGAGGUUAAGAAUGAGAAAGCCUGUGAACUUGAUUUGGAGGUUGAUUUUUGAUUGUCAAAAUUUUUUACCUCUUUGGACUUUUCUGGUUAAACCAUGGAUCAGAACAAGUCUUGCACCUGGAUCUGGAGUUGUUACAAAGUACCUGCUUGAGAGGAAACAGGAGUACCUUGGACGUCGGGAAGAGUUUGAGCAUGAGAUCACAAUCAAGACCUGACAUUUGUAUAAUAUACACGAUCCUGGGCUAUAGAAUUCGAAGUAACUAAUUCAUAUUGCUAUUGCAAAUGGAAAGCGGAAAGAAAGAGAUGAAGACGGAUUGUCGGAAUGACUCACGAUUAUUCCAUCAUUUAUUAAAGAAUAAAGAGAAGACAAAGGGUCGAAGCAGGGACCUGCAUGAGGAGGAGCCCACUCCAUCGACUCCCAACUUUCCUCACCAUCUAUACUGAUCUUGCUAAGGGAAGGGAAGCCGUUAUUGAGCAUGGGUAGAUGGAGAGGGAUCCUCUUCAUCUUCGGACAAUCCCAGCCUUACAAAGUUUCCGAUUAAUUCUUGCUUACUUUGGUGCCUAGCUUGAGCUUUCUAUCUUGGAUAAUUUGAGCUAGAUUUUAAUGGCUCCAAGGUAUUGGAACUGGAUAGAGUUUCUAUCUACCUACUGUAUUUUAUUUUCCUUACCAGCUGAAUUGUUUAGUCAUGCCGUUAUGUAUAGAGUUGUGAAAGAAAAUAAUUACCGCAAGGAGAUUGU